CAUUACCGACCAGUCCAGAGAUUGAAGGAGGACAGAGAGGCAAGCCGUGAAAGCGAACAGAUGUGAACCGGGACUACUGAAAGAGAACAAGCUGUAGUACAGACGGAGAACCUUUGAUUCUGCUAAUAUGUGGCAACCCGCGUCGGAGCGAUUGCAGCACUUCCAGACGAUGCUGAAGACCAAGCUAAAUGUGCUGACGCUGAGGAAGGAACCGUUGCCUACGGUGAUCUUCCACGAGCCCGAGGCCAUCGAGCUCUGCUCCACCACACCGCUCACAAAGGGCAGGACUCAUGCUGGAUACAAGGUGGCCUACCUGGGUAAGGUGACUAUCUCUGGGACCCAGUUCCUGUCUGGCUGCACAGAGUCGGCGGUGGUGGGUCUGGUUGAGCAUCGUGCCCUCACCCAGCAACAGGGCACCUCUCUGCUGGAAAUUCGGCCCUUCCAGGUGCGUCUUCACCAUCUGGAUGAGCGCGGCGAGGCCUCAGUAACCAUGGACACCUACCAGGUAGCGCGGAUCGCCUACUGCACAGCCGACCACAGCGUCAGACCAAAUGUAUUUGCCUGGAUCUACCGGGAGAUCAACGACGACCUGUCCUUCCAGAUGGACUGCCAUGCUGUGGAGUGUGAGAGCAAGCUGGAGGCCAAGAAGCUGGCACACUCAAUGAUGGAGGCUUUCCGCAAGACUUUCCACAGCAUGCGCAGCGAUGGCCGCAUCCAUAAGAGUGGUUCAUCGGACGACUUUGCUGAGGACUCAUCCACCCCAGAAGACUCAACCCCAGACGAUGGUUGAACUGAAACUCACCUAAACUCCGGAUCCCCAUCCUGACGAAGCGAGGGGUGACUGGACGGAUGGACAGAUUACCUGCUCUCUCUCUCAUUCUCCCCAACUAUCACUUUCUGUUAUCAAUUUGGAACAAAAUUAUCUGACCAUGUGAACCAACACACCCAGGAUAAUGAAGUAGCUUUUAAAUACUGUAAAGGAUAGGUAGAUGAAAAAGGACUUACGAAAGACCUACAUUUACAUACAGGGAUAGCAAAGUGUUUCCACUUUGAAUAAAUGGCCCUCAACGACACAGAGGGGCCUUUCAAGCACCUCUGAAAAGCCCUCAUGAGAUUGACUAGACAUUUCCAUUCUCAACCACUGUCACUCCUGCACCCAGCAGAGACACUGUUUGUGGUUCUUAAGCUUUUUCAUCCAGGAAACAACAAACUUUAGUCUCUGUUCUUCUGACCCAAGCUCAUGAAAACCUAUUGCUACUCUUGCCAUGUACGGACCCAGAAGAUAUAGGCCCGUGACCUAUUUCGGGUACCAACCCAGAGGUUAUGAGACUGCUGGAGCACAUAAAUUCUUUAAAUGUUUAAUUAUGUGGAUCUUUGUUACCAUGCCUUCGACCUUGGUAAUAGCAAAUGAGCAUGUGAAAGAAAAGCUAAGCCUUUAAGCACUAUUCAUAUCAUCACUAUGGUACCUUAGUCCAACCCCAAAAUUAUUCACCAUUAUGGCUGUUAUUCAUGUGGACAAUGGAGCUUCUGCCACUGUCUCUAUUUAAUAGGUACUUAACGAUUCAGAAUAUGUGUAAGGUGCCUGGGAGAAUAUAGGUGCUACAUAGAUGUUACAAUUUAGGAGUUCUCACUAGGCUUAAAGCCUGGCCCUGUCUGCGACACCUUAAUCAUCCACAUCUGACUUCUGUUUUGAGUAUACCAAAAUUCAGGCUGGAUUUGGCCUGUCAGAUUAUGUGCCUCACUUUCCUCUCACAUUAGUUUGGUCUCUUACCCAGGUCCCAAUGUGUGUAUGUGUGUGUGUGUGUGCCGACCUUUUCUUUUGUUUAUUUUUCUGUGUGUAGGUGUAAUUGCUUACUUCUGUACUUUGUGUAUAUGAAUGUACACGUGAGUGCUUGCAUCUCUGUGUGCGAAAGAGAAAAGAGGUGGAAGAUUAUGGGUGGGUGAUAUCAAAUGAUUAGCUGGAAGUGAUGACUUCUCAUCGCCCCGGAAGCAUCCAUUUUUGAUGUUUAAGGAGCCAUUUUAAUAAAUCAGAUACGGUCCUGUGACCAUUUGCCACGUUUUUUUACUUUUAUCUGGUAUGAAUAGAAAACAUAAGUACGGGAGUCUGAAUGUGCCCGUCAUUGAGGUUGUAGGACCGUAAAAGACAGCCGUCCAAGAUAACGACAGACACCUCCUGGCCUCUGCUUAAAUGUAUGAUGAGUCCAACGUGCUGUGAGCACCUCACAUCAUCUCCGGUCACUUCAGUCUCCCAUAAUCUAAUGCUAUCACAGACAGCUAUAAGGGACAGUCAGUGACCGGUUUCACUCUGCUCUGCUGCCCUGCAUCGCCUCUCUGAGUGACUGUGGAACCAUUUUGGGGCUAAAACUCAUCAGAGCUCCACACCACUUUCUUCUUUUCUAACUGGACUGUAUUGCAGAGAUUGGACUCUAUCAAUGGAAAUAGUCUUCAGUCAGUGACUCAAACGGAAUGAUCUGGUGGCUCUGGUCAAUACACACACACACACACACACACACACACACACACACUCAACUAUACACACCUACCUACAAUUAUACAUAUGCACACACACAUUGUAUUUGAAUCUCGCUCAAUAAGCUUAUGUAAAUACAAAUAUAUCACUUUCCAAAUAUUACAGCAUAAAUGUUGAUAGCUAUUUUAAAUAAUAACAAAAUGUUGAGAACCAUCAUACGAAACAGAAAGAGUGUUAUAAAGCCUACUGUGAAUAAGAAGUGGAGAGCCUGACAGUGGUGGCUGUGUGUGUGUGUGUGUGUGUGUGUGUGUGUGUGUGUGUGUGUGUGUGUGUGUGUGUGUGUGCGCGUGUGCACACGUGUGUGUGGAAGUUAUUGCAUGUGGUGGAAAGCGAGGUGAGGGUUGUGUAUGGACAGGCCAGAGGGGGAGAAUGUUUAUAAAGCUGUAGAUUACUGUGUCAUGUCUGUCUGAAAGCUCAGACGCGCUUUACAUGUUUGACAAAUGUUACCUUAAGUGUUUUCUAUACAGUGUUUGCAAAGAUCAAGAAACAAUUGCAUAUAAAGUAUUUACCAAGACCAA